AUGGCAGCAUCAUUGUACCGUGGUGUCAUGGCGGCCAUGUUGCCCACCAAUAACAUGAAUUGCUGUGUUUUGUCAGUUAAAUGCACAUUAUUGUUUUCGAAGGAGUGUACAGCGCUCUACACACGAAAGGAGGAAAUGGCUGAAAUAGACAGAGAUGAGGUGGUCAGCAUGCUGAGAGCAUGCCUGAUAUCCUCAAAAUAUGGCAUUCCAUUAAGCAACCUUAAUCGUGACUAUGAACUGUUAGCUGGUACCAAGAUCCCGUAUCAGGAACUGGGAUAUGAGACCCUUGAGCAGUUCUUGAAUAGUUUGCCCGAUAUCACAGUCAAACUUGGCCGUGGCGGGGAAAUGAUCUUAAACGCCAUUCCAAAUAAGAACACAGAACAUAUAUCUACACUGAUUUCUAAGCAGAAGUCUCCCUCAAGAAAAUCUAAGUCUACACGAAAAUAUGUACCUUCACAUCAUGCAGCAGCAUCUUUGCGGAGACCUCCGCCAAGUCCUGUGAAAACAUCAAGACACACACCCACUGCCGACAGUCAUAUGCCACUCUCUAUUACUGUAAAUAAUCAACCAGACAACGAGAAAUGUUUUGCGGAACCCUCUCGUCUAGUGUCCUUUGCAUCUGUACCAUCAAAACCUCUGCCACCGUCUGCACAGCCAGCACCUUCCAGCAGUGGCGGCAUUGGAGGCGAACAUUCCCGUCGAACAUUUGAGAAACCCCCUAGGUUCCUCAGAACAUCUCAAGGAGGAAACAUUACUACUAAGGAGUUAGCACCCGAACUUGUUGCUUCAGUAACUUGUCCAGUCACGUCGUCAUCUCGUGCUCAAGAACGUCUGAGCCGAGCAGUAUCUACGGCAGAAAAGGUGGUUAAGAGCAAUAACUUCAAGAUGAAUUUGAGUGGCACCGAAACAGUGACGAGCAAAGCGGCUAAUAAUGCUCACAAAGCUGCAAGUCGUGGGGGCCCCACCAUAACUUCUCCGCUGACACCCCUGCAGGCCAGGCUGAAUGCUAGCAGGUGGAAACAUACUCAGGAGCAAGAAACAUUGUCACUGGAAGAACAGCUUACAGCAGUUUCUCAUGGUGGUACUGAAAAUUCUGUAUGGCAACUGCAACAGUAUGCUAUGUCAAAAGGCAUGAGUAUACCCACAUACAAAAUUUUAGAACGAAAAUCUUAUGGCAAGGUGUACUACUACUCUGUCGUAAAGGUAGAUGACUUCAGUUUCAGCAGUUGUCCUGAUGAACAGUUAUCGCCAUUAGAGGCUAUGAACAUAGCUGCUAAGCGAGCUCUCGAAGAAAUCGAUGUACGAAGCAAAGGGAUUGGUGGAAAUGUGACUGAGAAUAAGAAUAUAAUUAUUUUGAGAAUAUCAAAUAUUGUUAGUGGACAUCGUCAUGGUAUUUGGUCAACGCAGAUUCCCAUCGAUUAUUAUCAACUUUACAAUGAAACCUUGCCUGUUGAUUGGUUGGAGAUAAUGGAAAGUUGUCCACUGGUUAAUUUUGAACAGGUGGUUGGAAAUAGAACCAUCAUUACUCCAAAGCAUCCAGCUUUGCCUGCUGAUUGUACAAGCCCGAUUAUUGAAGUACCUGCAUUUGCAAUGGAGACAUCACUGAGCUCUGCUGAACCUGUUGUACCAGAGCCCAUCACAUUGCCUGAUCACGAUGAAUGGGACAUGUUCAUUACAUGUGGUAAUUCAACUGACGAGAUCUGGGGUCGGCUGAUUGGAGAAGAAUAUAGUGUGAAAUAUGAAAAUCUGGCUACAGACAUGGAGAUGUUUUACAUGGGACAAGUUAACGUAGCAGUCAAUCCAAAGAUAGGUUCAUUUUAUGCUAUAAAAAUGGAUGACUGCUGGCAUCGCGUGGAGUUAGUGGAGAUGGAUGAAACACAUACCAGAGGACGGGUAUUUUUCAUUGAUCACGGAGAUGAAGAGGAUGUUGAUUUAAAUCAAUUGCAUUUACUGGAACAGCAUUUUGCAAGACUGCCAGCACAGGCUAUCCAUUGUUUCUUGUGGGGCCUGGAACACUUUGCUGACGAUCAGAAUGCGACACGCCACAUUACCGAUACCAUUGUCGGUAAGGUACUGAUUGCUUCUGUAAUGUCGCGUCCAAAUGAAAAGAAUCCAGAAGCUGGUAUCGUGCUGUUUGAUACAAGCACAGAAGAGGAUUUAAAUCUGAACACUGUUCUGAUAGACAGUAUCAGUAAGGAUGCAGUGGCACCCCAGUUACCAGCGGAAGGUAAAGUACAGGAAGUGUAUAUAUCACAUGUGAGCAAUUCGGGGGACGUGUUCCUGCAAUUCAAAAGCUAUAGUUACCUGGAAUCCCUUCUGUCUGGCGUGACAGAAAAUUGUCUCAAAGGAGAUAUUGUAAAGGGAUCUAGUGCAUAUAAUCCUGAUCCUUCACGACUGUAUCUGGCUCGGUACCACCAAGACGACAACUGGUAUCGAGCUGCCAUCACGAAGAAGCUUGGACAGACAGAGGUUGAGGUGAUAUUUGUUGAUUUUGGCAAUACUGAGAUAGUGAAUGUGUCAGAAUUAAUUUUACUAGAAACUCUGAAAAAAUCUGUUGCUCAGUUUCCACAUCAGGCCAUUAAAGUGCAUCUCCAUAAUGUACCAUGUUCCUCAUUUGAUGAACGGAUGGCCCUCCGUGUACGAGAAUUGGUUCCGUUUGAUGAAUGUGUCUUAGUGAAGACCAUAUCUGCCAGAUCACCGAGUAUCAUUCCUGUGGUGGAGAUAUUUAAACGUAUCCAGCCAGACAAUCUUCUUGUGUCUGUUAAUAGCACUUUGNCGCACUAUGAGAAGUCUCACUGUCGAAUAUGGGAUUUGUAUUUUUUCAUGUGUCAUAGACCUCCACCGAAACCAGCUGCCAAAGAUAGCAACACUCUUUGUGGCAAGAAACGCUUGGAACGUUCACAGAGUCAAGGAUUGGCUGUUUCAAACAUUUGCCCAUCUGAUGGUCUUGGUAGUGGCAACAGCUCAGGGGCACUGCAGCACCUCACUCCUAAAGGCUUUAAUUCAUAUGAUGAUGAAACAGCGAUGAAGGGACUCAGCCCACCGCAGAUUCCACUUGUCAAUGAAUACUUUGAUGUCAUGGUGACUUUGGCAGCGAAUCCAGGGAACUUCACGGUUCAGCCAUACAAAGAUACAGAACAGCUGCAUGAGAUGAUGAGGGACAUGCAGAUGCAGUACAAUGAGCAGAGGUAUCCACAUCCGGCAGUUGAUAACGUUAAAGAGGGCAGAUUGUAUGCUGCACUUCAUCAUGAUGGUCUCUGGUACCGAGUAUGUGUGUCCAAUGUUAUCAAUGAUAACAUGGUGUCGGUAUACUUCUGUGACUAUGGUGAUGUAUCAGUUAUGUCCCUGGAGAUGCUGCAGGCAUUGACUGAUCAGUUUAAAGAGCUCCCUUAUCAAGCCAUCAAAGCGAAACUUGCAGGUAUCCGACCCAAACACAGUGAUUGGUCUGUCGAAGAUUGCCUCAUAUUUCAAGAACUUGUUGUAAACCGGGAAUUUGUAUCGAUCGUGAUGGAAAAGGGGCCAGACAUUCUGAAUCCGACCAGCAUGACUGUAGGAUUGAGACUCAUUGAUACAUCACAGGAGGAAGAUGUCUGGAUAGAUGAGCUGUUAGUGAACCAAGAGAGGGCAGUUAAAAUCACAUAACACACCAAAGAGGUGAGCAUGAAGUUUUGAAGCAUCACAUGACAAGCAAUAGCUCCAUGCUCUGUCAGAAACACCAAACAGAGGUGCAGAAUUUGUAUCGUGAUCUGGAACCAGUCCAGGAAGUGUGUCAUACCAUUUAAAACUGCAUUCUGAUUUUUUGUUGUUUUGUUUAUGAACUCUGUAAACGUAUGUAUGUAAGUUCAGUUCCUUGGAAUACAUGAAUGUUUGAAGCCCAAGAGUGAGAAUUCCACUAAUAAUUUUAAGGUAUGUUUUAUAGUCUGUAUCAUUAGAUUUUUAUUUAAUGUAGGUAGUCAAACUGUCUUCCUAUUGGUUUAAUGAUGUAACCAGAUUAUGCGCUGUAUUGCCUUGUACUGGUAGUUUGUCAUAUUGGCUAAAUAUUGUUAAAAAGUGGAGCCAUGAAAUUACAAGGCUUACCAUUACCUACAAGCUGAAGUAUAGUUGCCAGCCCUGUAAUACCAUGGGAUUUCAAAUGAAGGUAUCCCAUAAUUUAUGUGAUAGUUGCAUUCGCAAUAGAUGAUUGUAAUUUGAAAUUUUGACUGUCUCUAGUUACUUCUUUAGUUUUACUCUGCCUUUAAUUUUCAUAGAAAAUUAUAUGAAUCGGUUAACUUGCCAUUAACUGUAGCAAUUUACAAAGCUUGAUUUUUUUUUGUUUCAGGCAGGUAGUUUUAUUGUUUCUAGUCAUUACUGAGAAACAAAUUAAAUUAAAAAAAAAUCAUUUGGUAUGACAUUAAUUCAAAUUCAUGUCAGCCAAAAUUACAUAAUUUGGAAGUUUACUGCAGGCUGAUAAUUACGUACAGUUAGAAUCUGGCCACCAAUCAUAUAAUACUGGGAGGCUUAAAACCUCUGUUCUUGGUGAUAAAACAUUAUAACUUUGGGGUUUAUUCAGAGGAGAAUACAGAAAUGAGCCUUGUUUAUUAUAAUCUAACCAUAAUUGGUUACAUAUACUGUAUUUAUUCAAAUGUAAGAUGACCUCUUAAAUUUUUUAUUUUUCAUGAAAAAUAUAUUUAUAACAAUAUUAUAAUUGCUCUAAUUUGAUUGUAUUCAGAAAUUUAGCUUUUGGUUACCCUGCCAUUUGACCUCGAUAUUCACACAACAGGAUGUCUGUAAAUGAAUUGCAGUAGAUCUGUUUAAUGAAACAAACUAUUCUAAGUAAGUUUCAAGGUUUUCAUGGCUUUGAGUGUUGAGUUAUUAUCUUCGGGGUUAUGACACCAUCUAGUAUGGACCCUGAAGAUGGAAGUAGCAUGUACCUCUGAAGCAUAAUUAUCUACCUACAAUACUGCACAGGUCACAACUCAUUAAGUUCUGAAAACUGAGUAACAAAUUUGUUUCAGGUUUUGCUUUGUCUGUUUUAGGAACAGACGCCUUUUCCAGUUUGACAAGUCAACAUUUCUUUUUCAUGUGGGUAAAAUACAGUGUUGUUUCCACUGACACAAAUAUACUCAUACCAAAGAAGAGAUUAUUGGAACAUUAUCCUGAUAAGUUGUCUCAUUUUAUUAUAUAGCAUUGUAAAUGUAAUGUCAAAGAUUAAGUAGUAAACACAUUCCAACUUAUUUUUGUGAUGGCCAGGAUGAUAAAUAUCCAGUUUCUAAGGAUUGUUAACCUUCCAGACCCAUUAUUGUAGCAGUAUUAUAAUCUUGCUCAUGAAACUUCAAUAUACAAAGAAAGGUACCUAUAUAAAUGUUAUAUUUUGUAGCACUGAAAAGACAUGAAAUGCAGGAAUAGCAAUAAUGUCGCUUUUUCAACCAAUACGAAUACUGGCAAACAUGGCAAAGAUCAGAUUUCGCACAUCUAGCGAUGCAUUGUAUGUUUCAACCGUGAGGCCAAAAACCAUUUUGGAGUCUACCGACAAAUGUGUUUUUAGAGAAUAUAAACUGCUUCUAAUUAAUAGUAUGUUAUAAUAAUAAUAAUUAAUAUAUGUGGUUCAGCAAAUUCUUGCGUGAUUCAGCAGUCAGACAAGAAUUCUAUUUGCCAGAUAGUUCUGUACGAGACAAACUCUGCCUCCCUGCACUUCUGUAAUUGGUGUACAAUAUUAUGUAUUCAAAUUUCCUUUCACGGAGAAAUAGUUCCAGAGUCUCACGUGCAGCACUGCUUCUUUUUACGCUAUAAGUGUUGACCAAUGUGGUCAUCAGCAGGUUUUAAAAAUUACUGGGUGAGGAAACUGCUGUCUUCUGUAUCAUUGUUGCUAAGUUUGUUAUGUGUCAUGUAAUUACUUCUUCAUAUACUUAACUCAAGGUGAUGGGUUGUGUUAUUAACUCUUUGACUGGCGCGAAGGGUAUUUAAAUCCCACCCCUGUCCUGGCAGGCCCUUUAAACCUUAUGUCGC